UCCACUGAGUUAGAGAAAGUGAAACCUAAACUAUCGCAGAGCCGUGUGUCGACAAGUUAGAUUUGUUUACAAAAUUGCUCACCAAGUGGUGAUUUGGUGAUUUUAGCAGAUUUAAGAGAGUUGCAGAUAGCCUACACCGUAAAGGAUCAGACUUAUAUUCUUUUUAUUAAAAUUUUAACAAGGCUGUUAUAGGAGGCAUACCAAGAGGAGAGAGGAAACAUGUCUGCAUUGAGGAAGGAACUACAGGAGGCCUUGUGCCACUACACCACAGAUACGAUCAGCUACAUUAACAAAGUUAAAGAAUUCUGUUGGGACCUCCCUCAGUGGACGAAAGCAAGGAUGACAGAGUUGAAAAAGAUUAAGGAAAAAAUUGAACUACAAGAUUUGACUUCUGUACUAGCAUACACUCUGGGAGGCCUGAAGAAGCUGGACUGCUUCCUGGAUGCAGUGGAGAAGCUGGCGGUCACCUCACUUCAUGUGUUCAAGGAGGAGAACCAGGUGUUACACCUGCCCCAAGAGAUCAGCUGUGAACAGGUUCAGGUUCUCAUCUGUUGUGCACGGCUAAUCUGCCCACAGCUCCUCGAGUUUAAAAGAGAUGCAAGUGUCUUCUUCCGUCCCAAACUUCAGAACGUGGAAGUGCUGUCCUAUCAGCUGGACAAAUACAUUCAGACCACCCAGAAAAUCUGUGACAAGCUAGAGAAAAGUGAUAUUUCCAUGAGAAUAACAACAGAAACGCUGGUAGACCUCGAUGUGGAUUCGUCUGUAGAUGACAUGCAAAGGAUGCUUCAUCACAUUAAUCAGCUUGAAAAUAUUAGGAUGGACCAGCACUUCCGGAUGGUGUUCUUGUUCCAGGAGGAAUCGUGUUCUGGCUUCAUCAAUGAGUUCAGCAAGCGACAGCCCAGGAUGCUGCAGUUUCUCAAAGACCUGGAGGAGAAUGCUGUCCAGCUAGACAGGAUGAAUAAGGGGGCAAAGAUCUCUAGUGUGGCAGGCAGCUCUGUGGGGGCAGUUGGAGGUGUGCUUUCAAUUGUUGGUUUGGCAUUAAUUCCUGUGACAGCUGGAGUGUCUCUAGGUCUGUUAAUAGGUGGGACAGCACUGGGAAUUACCAGUGGGGUCAACAGCGCUGUCACCACAGCGACAGAGAUCAGUGUAAACUAUGCACAUCAAAAGAAAGCCAGUGAAGUCUUCCAGAGCUUCAUGGAGGAUGUGCAGAUUCUCCAGGAUUGUCUGGAGGAGGUGAGCAGUCAAACAGUCAAUGUAGAACCAAGUGUGAUCAAUGUUGCUGUGGGAGUAGUCAAGGUGGGUAUAGGCACGUAUGGUGUUGUGAAAAACACCAUUCGUUUGCUUGAAGAUGUGGAUUCUGCUGCUAAGUUGUUGAAAAGUGAAGAGCUGAUUGCAAGUGCUGGCAAGGUGGCGGCCCAGGAAGGUAAAUCCUUACGUAACGUGUCCAGGGUGGCCUCAGAUAUUCCAGAUAUUGGUCAGGCAGCAGUCAAAGGGUCCCUUGCCCUCUCCAAGUCAGCCAGGGCCGGUUUCAUUGCAGCCAAUGCUCUUUUCCUUGGCCUGGAUAUCAUCUUCAUCUGUAAAGACAGUGUCAGUCUGGCCAAAGGCAGCGAGACUGAAGUCUCAAAGUUCAUCAGAGCCAGAGCUGCACUUUGGAGCUCAGAGAUGGACUCGUGGCAGAAGAUCCAUGACUCCCUGUGCAAAGGUCUGCUGGUGUCAGAGAAAAACAGAGCUGUCCUGGAGACGCCAUUUUAUACUGAGAUGGAGCUGAGGAUAGAAGCAGAAACAGAAGCAGAAACAGAAGCAAAACUGAAAGAAAAAUGGUUUUGUUCACUGUGCCUUUUUGCUUGUCUUUGA